CUCUCCAACUAUCAGCUUUAACAGUUGAUAUAUACUGUGCAACGUAAUAUAAGCCUCACCGCUUACCCAUGACAUACCACUACGAGACUUGGUAGUAUCUCUUCUUUUCUUUCUUGCACUCAUUCGUACUCCUUCACACUGAAGUGGACAUACUACACCUUUUAUAUCUAUCUAUCUAUCUAUCCAUACAACUCUUAUAACGGUCACGAUGCGAGGCCUAAACAAAUCAACACUCUUUCACAAGAAAUCCAAGAGCAGCCUUCAAGGCAGGAAAGACAGCCUCGAAGAGCACUCUUCCUCUCAUACGCGGAAAUGGAGCACAUCGAGUACCGUGUCGACGGCGAGCAGCUCUUCUGAUGCUAAACUGUACGACCCGCUGUCGCUACACCCACCCUUAUGUCUAAACACAUCACCAAACAUCAUCCCAGAGUACGAAGAGGAACGGCACUUAGAAAAAGAGGAACGCGAACGCCGGUUUUUAGAACGGACGCCGCAGCACCCUACGGAACAUCUAGACAACGCGGCCGAGUACUCACCACUCAAAGAUCGCAACUGUUUCUUCGCGCAAGCUGCCGCCGGCCGCCCUUAUGUCUAUGACCAGACUGUUCAGUGGCCACUUAAGGACUGGCAGGCGAUCCCGCCAGGCCUCGCUGAGCUCAACUCCUCGUCACUAGACUCGUCACCAGCUUCGUCGCCUACCCAGCACUACAACCACCGCCGGCGGCCGACGGAAUGGAUGAGCGAGAGAGACGCCCUACUCAAGCGCGGCGACUGGAAGCGCAGGGGUAUAGUGUUCCACCUCGACCCGAACGACGAGGAGGAACAAGAGCAGCACUUUGAACUACCCGAGUGUUGAAACAUUCACAUUAUCAUAUUAUCAUACCAUAUCACACUAUCAAAGUCCAACUCUAUUCAACACCAUGUUUUACUAUAUGUACUACUACUACUCUAUUAUUACUACAACUACUAGCACCAGGGACAACCCUGCGGAUUGUGCUUUGACGAAAUUUACGGGAAAGGCGGGAAAGGAAUAAGGCAUUGAGCGGGACGGUAGCCAGUAGCCAGGACAGGGCAGCGAUAU